GUCAAUGAUUGGCAACCUCAGUAGCACGGUGAGCCACAAUCUCUGGGAGCGUAAAAACCCAUUUCUUGGCUUCCUGGUAGAUUUCUUUGUGAGCAUUUGCCUAGAUUCUCUGGAAAUGUAGAAAUAAAAGAAAAUCACCCAGAUUCUCAAUAUUUUUUUUAUCAAAAUGCAAAGUAAAAAAGACAAUGAAUCUGAAUUUAAAAAAGAGUUUGAAAAUUCCCCCAGUAUAAGAAACCCCCAAAAUGAAUUGGAUACUCCAGAGAUUACUACGAUUGAAAUUCCACAUGCAGUUCAAGAAAUCCUGAGUAGAAUUGAGCAAGCACAGCUUCUUCGAGCCAGAGAGGACAUUAAUACACAACUGAACCACAUCAUGAACAAUGUGCAACGAAUAAUGUCUCGCUAUGGUUCGGAUUUUCCCUUGCAGUCUGAAAGGGCUCUCUCCCUUAAAGAACGUACGAAAAACCAAAGAACCAUGUUUUUGGAGAAAAUGGCUUCCUACGCCAGGAAUGUUGAAAUGAGAGACAAUACACUCACCUAUAUUCUGGCCUGGUUGGAAGAGUGGAAUGCUAUUUUGUCUGACAUAACUGAAACGGAUAUUGAGGAACACUACCACUGGAUAGUGCAGAUGGAGCUGUUUCCAGACACACUGAGAGCCAUCGAGAACAAUGUCAACAUACUAUGCAAAAUUAGUACAUCUUUCCUUAAAGAAAAGAAGAAACAGAAGAAAAAGGCAUUGUCUAGAGGUGCUCUGUGGAAAACUUGGAAAGAAAGAGCUGUAAAGAGACCUGCGACAAUCCAUGCCUUAAGACCAGAUCAGAUGAUUGCUGAUCAAUUUGCCGUAACUACAAAAGUUGCAGAAAUUCAAACUAUGCUGCAAGAACUCACGGGCAGUGGGAUGUUCAACAAAAUGGAAAACAACGCUAUCAGGUACAUAUCAUCAACAAUACUAAAUCUCUCGAAAGCUUUGACUACCGUAAGCGAUGAAUUAAAAGCUAUUAACGUCCAAAGUAGCAGUAUGUUUAUAGAGACAUAUGAAACAGAAAAAGAAGUCUCUCAAAAGAUGAUUCAUGACCUGAGUGAGCAAAAUGAAAUGCUUCAGCAGAAACUGCAAGCCGUAGAAGAAAACUACGAACAGCGCAUUCAAGUCAAAGACACUAAAGCUUACAGAGAACAUACACCAUUGCCCGUGUCUACAGUCAUCGCCAAAGAUGGUGACCGGGAGGACAGUUUGAGUACCAUUUUAGACAAUGAAUUUAAAGAUAUUCUAGAAAAAUUCAAAACAAAAGAGCCAAGUGCCCCUGGGAAAAAGUGGGACUCUGCUCUUCUAAGUACAUUCCCAGAUGAGACAAGCCCAGAUGUAGCUGAGCGACACCGCCUCUCUCAAGAAAAGCAGAAAGGGGCUUCCAGGCUUUCUGAAGAAGUUGCUGAAGAUAAAAUAGCACUGAAAAAAGAAGAUGUUGAUCAGAAAGCUGGGAGUGAUCAGUAUGAGUCCCUGCCAGGAAAGCAUGCCAAAGGCCUUCAUGGGAAGAGGACCUCCAGAUCCACGCUGUUGGAGGACAAAGGCGAAGACAGAGUGGCAGAGCUCACACCUGACCGGUACGCCACACCACAAACACCCGAAAAGAACAGAAGAGAAAUGAGACCGUUCUCUGAUUCAAAGAGACAACCUUUCCCUUCCGCUGAGACCAAGAGCCAGGAUGGCAGAAGUGCAACAAGUGGCAUGCAAGAGAAGCACAGAAAACCACCAAGUCAACCCUUAGCAGACAAGAGCCCUAGUCUGCAGGAGGAUAUUGAGCUGGCAGACACACAGGGGGAAAGUGAAGCCAGUGGCUUUUCAGAGUCCCUCAGAAUGAGUCAGCUGAAACACACAUCUGUGCCAGUUACAGCUGAAAUCGAAGGAAAGACACAACCAAUGUCUACAAGCGCUAUCAUAAGCAAAGAAGGGAAAACAAAAGACAAGGAGAUAUCGGUCAAGUCUCCUAAGCCUGAUAAAACAUACUCCAGGAGAGCCAAAGUGACUCCUGAAUCUGUCAAAGAUCUGGAUGCUUCCGAGAGCACAAGUGAACGGAGUAGUACAGAAACAUUUCAGAAAGCCGUAAUGACUUUCCUGAAAGAGAAAAUUGAAAACAUCCGAAAGCCGUCUGACGGCCAGGCCAUGCGGCAGGAGGAGGACGAGUCCCUAAACAUGACAGAAACAGAACAACUGGGGAUGAUCAAGGAAAAGAUAGAGGAAUAUUUCCAAAAGGUGACUGAAAUCGUUGCUGAAAUCCUGAGGAAAUAUAAUAAACAACAGCUUACACAGACACCUGUGACAUCCAAAAAGGAAGUCUCCUUUAAGCCAGAAACAUAUUAUCAAAAGUUACCAACUAGUGCCAAGUCUGAACUUAGCACCUUCCUCUCAAAUGACAGUGUUGACCCUAUGAUUAAAAAUUUGAUACAAAUGAUCUUAACUGAAGUAGAAAGUCAAAGAGAUACCACCACACCCUCAACAGCAGAGAGAGACCAUGAGAAGGAAACGCAAAGCCAGAAGGAACACUUGCAAGAGAAUCAAGAAGAAACAUAUGAGGAAGUGAGUCCCCCCAGGAAGAAUCGUAAGGCAACAAACAAGAACUUGAGCAAGAAAAACAAGUCCUCGCAGAAGGAGGAGGAAGAGGAGGAGGAGGGGGAGGAGACCCAAGGACCGGAGAGGCGGCGGCCAGGAGGAGAGGGAUGGGAUCCAGGGCAGACAGAGGAGGAUGAACCGCAGAGACACAGGGCAAAGCGGAGGGAAGAGCCCAAAUCGUCGCAGCUGCAGGAAGCCCAGAGGCACACGGCCAGAGAGGACAGAGGGAAGCAGAAGGAGUACGAAGAGACGAGGACUCAGGUUCCCAGGGCAGCGAGACACCCGGAGCUGAGAAUAACAGGGAAGAGAGAGGGGAGGCAGAAGCCACGUCUGGAGCACCUUGACAGGCAGAGGGAACACGCAGCAAAGGAUCACAAGCUGGAGGAGAAAAAAUAUGAAGAGCUGUUGAACACAGAGGCCCAGACUCCUCUGAAGUCAGAUGAACCCCCAUCACCCCAAGGAAGUAGGCCCACAGGAUAUUCACAGAUCCCUCCAAAGACAAUGCAGUCCCUAUCAAGCAUCCCUCCCACAACUACCCAGGCCUCACCAAAUGCACCCCUUCCCAUUUACCAACAUGCCUUCCCGAAACAACAAGCCCCCAUUGCCAGGGAGACCCAGGCUCUGAUGCCCACUUCAACUCCUAAGGGAGUCUACACCCAGGGGACCCCUCUGAUGCCUGCACAGCUUCAGCCCUUGAGGCCCACUCUAGCUCCUCAGGGAGUCCAGGCCUUGGGAACUCAUCUGACCCCUGCACAGCUCCAGGCCCUGAUGCCUACCCUAACUCUUCAGGAAGUCCAGGCCCUGGGGACUGCCAUGACCACUCAGCAGCUCCAGGCCCUGAUGCCCACUCUAACUCCUCAGGAAGUCCAGGCCUUGGGCACUACUCUGACCACUCAGCAGCUCCAGGCCCUGAUGCCCACUCUAAUUCCUCAGGAAGUCCAGGCCCCAGGGACCACUUUGACCCCUCAGCAGGCCCAGGCCCUGGGGACCACUCUGACCCCUGCACAGCUCCAGGCUUUGAUAACCACCCUGACUCCUCAGAAAGUUCAGGAUAUAGGGGCCACUCUGACCCCAGCACAGCUUCAGGCCCUGAUGUCCACUCUAACUCCUCAGGAAGUCCAGGCUCUGGGGACCACUCUGACCCCUCAGCAGGCCCAGGCCCUGGGAACUACCCUCACCCCUCAGCAGGUCCAGUCCCUGGGAACCACUCUGACUCCUCAGCAGGCUCAGGCCCUGGGGACCAUUCUGACCUCUGCACAGCUCCAGGUUCUGACGUCCACUCAAACACCUCUGGAAAUUCAGGCUCAAGGAACACCUCCGACUCCUCAGCAGGCCCAGACCCUGGGGACCACUCUCACCACCCAGGAGCUCAUGGUCCUGAUACCUACUCCAGGAAUUCAGGAAGUCCAGACCCUGGGGACCGCUCUGACCCCUCAGCAGGCUCAGGCCCUGAUGACCGCUCUCACUUCUAUACAGAAUGAAGCCCUGGAGACAACUGUUGCCACUCAGCAGGCCCACGCAGAGGGAGCCACUCUGACCCCACCUCAGGUUGAAACCUUGGGAACAGCUCUGACACCUCAGCAGGCCCAGGACCUAGGGACAGCUUUGUCCCCACCACAGGCUAAAACCUUGGGGACAACUGUGACUACUCAGCAGGCCCAGACCCUAACAACCACUCUAACGCCUCAGGAAACCCAGGCUCAAGGAAUACCUUUGACUCCUCAGCAGACCCAGGCCCUGACAGCCACUCUUACCACCCAGCAGGCCCAGGCCCUGGGGACCACUCUCCCAAUUCAGCAGGCCCAGGCCCUAGGGACCACUCUCCCAAUUCAGCAGGCCCAGGCCCUGGGGACCACUCUCACAACUCAGCAGGCCCAGACCCUGAUAACUUCUAUGACCCCUCAGCAGGUCCAGGCCAUGAUAACUAUCCUGACUCCUGAGCAGGCCCAGGUCUUGGGAACCAGUUUACUUCCUCAGGAAGUACAGGCUCCAAUGACUACUGAGACUCUGCAGCAAGCCCAUGUCUCAGGGACUAUCCUGACUCCUCAGCAGGACCAGGUCUUGGGGACCAGCUUAACUCCUCAGGAAGUCCAGGUCCUGAUGACCACUCUAACUCCUCAGGAAGUCCAGGACCUGGCGACCACUCUGACCCCUCAGCAGGCCCAGGCCCCGAUAACUACUCUGACUCCUGAGCAAGCCCAGGUAUUGGGAACCAGUCCGACUCCACAGGAAGUCCAGGACCUGGGGACCACUCUCACUACCCCUCAGCAGGUCCAGGCCCUGGAGACCACUCUGACUCCACAGCAGGUCCAGGCCCCAACAACCACUCUGACCCCUCAGCAGGCCCAGAUCCUAGGGAAAACUCUGACCUCUCAGCUGGCCCAGGCCCUGGGGACCACUCUGACCCCUCAGCAAGUCCAGGCCCUAGAGACCACUCUGACCCCUGAGCAGGUCCAGGCCCUGGAGACCACUCUGACGUCUCAACAGGUCCAAUCCACAAUGACCAUUCUCAGUACCCCUGAGCAGGACCAGGCCCUGGGGACCACUCUGAUUCCUCAGCAGGCCCAGGCUCUAGAGGCAACUCUGACCCCUCAGCAGACCCAGGCCCUGACGACCACUCUGAUCUCUCAACAGGUCCAAGCCCCAAUGACCACUCUCACUACCCCUCAACAGGUCCAGGCCAUGGGAACGCCUCUGACCCCUCAGCAGGCCCAGGCCCCGAUGAUUACUCUGACCCCUCAGCAGGCCCAGGUCUUGGAGACCACUCUAACCCCUCAGUCCAAGCCCCAAUGA